AUGGUCAACGAGAAGGAUCCAAAUGCCGAACGCAACGACUUUUUCCCUCGAAGUCCAUCGUCCGACGAGGAAUCCACUAUUGGGGACGAACUUCACAAUGAUCUAACGCAUGUCCCUACCAACUCUAGUGCAGUAGCUCGCACAUUAUCAGUCGUACGGACUCGCGAAUCCGGGAAAGACCCAGGCCCACCACCAGAUGGGGGCUUUCAGGCAUGGUUACAGGUUGCUCUGGGACAUAUGAUCAUCUUCAACACAUGGGGUUACAUCAACAGCUUUGGCGUAUUUCAAACUUACUACACCACCUCGUUAGAUCGGUCCCCAUCGGAUAUUUCGUGGGUGGGAAGCAUCCAAAUCUUCCUGCUGUUUUUCAUCGGGACUUUCUCCGGUCGAGCCACCGAUGCAGGCUACUUCCGAUUCACGUUGACCGUCGGGGCCACACUGGAGGUUUUCUGUAUCUUUAUGACAUCGCUCUGCACAGAGUACUGGCAACUCUUCCUGGCGCAGGGACUUGGCCAAGGGAUUGGUUGCGGGCUGAUGUUCUGCCCUACAUUAGCUCUGAUCUCAACCUACUUUGACAAGCGUCGGGGAAUUGCAAUCGGUAUCACGGCAUCGGGCUCGGCCACCGGUGGACUCGUGUUCCCAGCUGUGGUAUUGCGUCUGCUGCCACAGAUUGGGUAUGGGUGGACCAUGCGUGUCCUAGGGUUCAUCACCCUGGCGACCUUGGCGCCCUGUGUGUUGCUCUUCAAGCAGCGACUACCCCCACGCACCAGCGGGCCACUUGUGGAGUGGGCGGCGUUCAAGGAGCUCCCAUAUCUGCUGUUCGCGGCGGGGAUGUUCUUGAACUUCUGGGGGCUCUAUGUUGCCUUCUUCUAUAUCGGUAGUUUCAGCACCAACAUCAUCGGUGCUUCGGAUACAACAUCCGUCUAUCUGUUAAUGGUGAUGAAUGGAGUGGGAUUGAUUGGACGAUUGGUCCCUAACUUCAUGGCCGAUCAAUUCACCGGGCCAUUGAACCUGUUAAUUCCUUUUAGCUGUUCCACUGCUCUGGUGGCAUACUGCUGGGCUGCUGUCAAGAACAUGAACGGACUGUGGGCAUUUGCCGCAUUCUAUGGUUUGAGUGCAGCUGGGAUCCAGUCAUUGUUCCCUGCUACCUUGAGCACACUCACAACUGACAUGAAGAAGAUCGGAGUUCGAAUGGGCAUGGUGCUUAGUGUAGUGGCGGUUGCUGCCCUGAUCGGAUCACCUAUUGCUGGUGCUCUUGUGUCUAGUGAUGAUGGGGAAUAUAUGUACGCACAGAUGUUCAUGGGCAGUGCUAUUAUUGCAGGCACCUUGACGCUGAUCGGGGCUCGAGUGUGCAAGGUGGGCACGGGCAUCACUCGUGUAUAA